ACCUUCAUGAAGUCCCACCGCUGCUACGACCUGAUCCCCACCAGCUCCAAACUGGUCGUCUUCGACACUUCCCUGCAGGUGAAGAAGGCUUUCUUUGCGCUGGUCACCAACGGCGUGCGGGCCGCCCCGCUGUGGGACAGCAAGAAGCAAAGCUUCGUGGGCAUGCUGACCAUCACCGACUUCAUCAACAUCCUGCACCGCUACUACAAGUCGCCCAUGGUGCAGAUCUAUGAGCUGGAGGAGCACAAAAUAGAGACGUGGAGAGAGCUCUACCUACAAGACUCCUUCAAGCCGCUUGUCUGCAUCUCCCCCAACGCCAGCCUCUUUGACGCCGUCUCCUCCCUGAUCCGGAACAAGAUCCACCGCUUGCCCGUCAUCGACCCCGACUCGGGGAACACACUCUACAUCCUCACCCACAAACGCAUCCUCAAGUUCCUCAAACUCUUUGUAAGUCCCGUCCCUGCCCCGCGGCGGCGGCGGGGGCCGCCCUGA